AGUACCUAUCUUUAAAUCUGAAUUCUGGUUCGUGCUUUUUUAAAACGGCGUUUUCUACUCGGAGAUGUCCGAGUCAGGGUCAGAGUCGACGGCUGCGGCCGAGAAGAGGGAGGAGGAGAGACUAUACGAAUGGUUAUUUGAUCUCCACACAUAUGACUUGAAGGAGGAAUUCCCUUACAGCACUGAGCACUCACCUGUGCAUCCUGAGAUGUAUACUGAAAUGGAGACAUGUGCAGCUGACCCUGCAGAGAGACAAGGAAUGACUGUGUCAAAAGAAAACACUACAGGAAUGAAACAAGAAAUUAAUUAUUUUGAUACAAAGCCCUGGAUGAGACCUGGUGCUAAAAUCUCAGAUUACUUUAACUAUGGUUUUGAUGAAGCAACAUGGAGUGCCUACUGUAAGAAACAGAACAAACUUCAAGCAUUCAGAAGAAAUGUCAAAAUCACAGCCCAGAAGAUGCCGAUGAGAUAUAGAGAAAAGGAGCCUUGCUGUUCUUAUUCUUCCUCAGCUAGACCAUCUAUUCCAGCUUCUAGAGAGUCAAGUGCUGGCAAUGAUGUGAGCGGAGGACGAGAUGGAUGUAGCAGCGCAGCAGAAGAGCACCCGUGCCUCAGUGAUGGAGCCAACAACACUCAGGUGGUCACUGAGAUGUCCCACAAGCAUAGCACCACUGCUUAUGAUCUCAUGCCACCUCCAGUCACCAACAAGUCUCUGUUUGCAUUUUUACGUCCACCAGCUUCCCUUUUUCAACCGCAACGUCCUUCUCCGUCCUCCUCUGCAGCGCUGGGCAGUGAACACAAUCAAGGCUUUGAUGGCCCUUCAACCUCACUGUACCAAUGUUUCUCAGCAAGCAGCCCUGUUGUGAGUGAUGCUACCAAGUCCUGGAAAUGCGACAUAAGUCAUGGAAAGUGCAGCAAGGACAGAAACAGAUCCAGAUCUGGUGAUCAUGAUAAAGAAAAAAAUAGCUGCAGAGACAGAGAGAAGCAGCAAAGCUCCUCUUCCUCACACAACAGGGACAAGAAGCAAAAGAAGCGGAGGAAGGCUACAAAGCAUGAGCACAAACAUCCUGGUACAGCAGCAGGAAGAAUGAUGGGGAAGACAGGGACAGAAGAUACAAAGACAAGCAAGACAAAUAAAAAGGCAAAGAAGAGAGUCAGGAAAAGAAAUUAAAAUCUGACUUUCCAAGUCUUACAGCCUGUUCAAAAGGAAGAAUUGCCCUGUGUCUUAUUACAGUACUUUG